UCAGAACCUAGGAGGGGCGCCUUCUGAAGGUUGCUGUCCGCGGUGCUGAAUCCUGACGCGACUGCGGAAGAGAAGUGGCGGAACCGAGAAAAUUCUUAUAUUUUCACUUUCACUCGCAAUUAUCUCAUCCAUCAAUUUUGGACCAUCCUGUAUUUAACACUGACACUAUUAUGUUUUAGCAAAGGUGUGCAAUGGAUUAGACUAGGUAGAGUAAUGGAUUCGCCGUGUUCCAUCAUCUUCGCUGUGUUGGCUCUUCGUCUGUCUCUUCCAACUACCUCCGCUGACAGCAAAUUUGGUUGCCUGUUUGAGGAUGAGCUCUGUACACCUUACGAGUUCUGCGCUAACGACAGAGUGUUUGGAAGGUGUCUGGAGUUACCCAGUGCGGACCUAUACACCUAUGAUGUGUCAGCCUCGGCUCUACAGCGCCUCAGGACUCUCCUCCAGAAACUGUCCCACAGAGGGUUGACAUGGCAGGAUGCUACCACCCAGCAGGUGAUCUCCAGAGAGCUUUCCAAGUUACGCAAGGUUCCUAUCCGAAGGCCGGAACCCCCUUCUGCCUCCCUGACACUCUAUGGUGGAGCCAGGAAGCUCAAGACUGGAAAGGGAGAGCUUGGCGUCCAGAAGUACCUGCAAGAGCUUGGUCUCCUUCCCCAGUCUGUUGGCACUGCUCGCCAGGGGCCCCAGCGAGAGGGCCCCCUCACUAAGAAUGAAGACUUCCAGCCCAAGAAGGGAAAGUCUACAUUCUAUAGUCUACAGUCUGCAGAGCCACCCCAGGGGGGUAAGGUCUUCACACAGGGCGCCGUGGGGAGCUGGAGACCCUCAGUGGAGACAGCCUACUCCAGCCAGGAGCCUGGGAGUGCCAGGGGAAGUGCCAAGGGGUUGACUGCCCAGCUGGAGCGCUACCUGGCUGGGGCAGCACACACGCAGAGCCGCCCAGUACAAGGGGCAGUGGUGGGAUCAGUGGUGGGACCCAAGGGGAAGCUCCACUAUCUCAGCUAUGUCAGCCCUGUACGCUCUGGUGAUCAGGUGGAACCCCAGACACGACUUGGUGGCAGUGGCUCCAAACCUCCAAGGCCCAACAUAGACAGGCUUCUCUUCAAGGCUGCUUCCAACCAUCGGGUGCCCAAGGAACAGCUCAGUACAGUGGAUGAACGGUUCAUCCAGAACGUGGUCAACCAGCUGGGGAGGCAGAGAGUGAACAUGGACGGUUUGAUGGGUAAAGACCUGAACCAGCUGGCAGACAUCAUCUCUGAGGUCCUGCAUGUGGUGGAUGGGGAGGGGCCCGGGGCCAGAGCUAAGCCCAGGGUCAUGGCACCCAUACGGGACAGGCAGAUGAAGAGAGAGCCCUUACCUUCCAAGGACCAGGAUGAGAAGGACCAAGACGACAUGUUGGGGCAAGAUGCAAAGCUUCAAGGGCAACCAAUGGAGGAUGCAGACUCUGAGCCAGACGACAAGGACCCAGGCUUCGUCAGUAAGCUGUUGGAGUACCUCAAUAUGGACCCCUUCAGUGAUGAGCCAGAUGCACAGAUGGAGGUUGAUGGUGCUGGGGCAGCAGGCGGCCCCUCUAUUGAGGGCCAGAGAACAGUAGGUCUGGAGAAUGUGAGAAGCAGGACCACACAGGGCCAGGUGCCUGUACAACACCCCUGGGUGGAGAGGUACAUGGCCAUAGGAGGAGAGCAUAGAUCUCCAGACCAACCGAUGGAUGUCCAGGCUUCUGAAUCCAUGGUAGACUCCGAGGUGGAGAGGUGGAUCCACGGUACCAAAGCUCCUCCUCCUCUGGAGGCUGAGACAGACCUCCUGGCAGAUAAACCACAGAAGAAGAAUCUCCUUGCAGAGCCACAGAAACAGGACAUGCGACUCCAGGAGGAGGAGGAGGUGGUGCAUAUGGGGGUCAAAGCUUACUCGAAGUCACAUCAAGGGAAAAACCACCUCGGCGACUUUGGCUACAUCAUUACAGACACAGACUCCCUCACCUCUGACCAGGGCUUGGACCUGAUGGAACAUGUGGGUCGGAGGAUCAACCUCCAUGUGGCCAACAUUCUCCAACUCUCAGUGCUGGGUCCAGCUGUGACCUUCAGGGUGGGCUCCAACCCUCAUAAUGUCAGCACUGCAGACCUGGCCCACGUUGCAGUUCAGCAGAAGAAGCAGCUGGAGAAGGAAACUGGUGUGAAGAUCCUUGAGGCCGGUGUCAGUGAUAAGGGCAGCUUGAAACAGAUCCCGGUGGUCAAGGAGAGUCAUCUGGAGUCUGGUCAGUUCAUGGUCUUGGCCAUCAUCUCCAUGGUCCUGAUCACGGGGGCGCUGGCAGUGUCUGGCUGGCUCUUCUGCCUGCGCCACCGCUCCCACCUCCAACUGAAGGAGAAACUAACCAGCCUGGGGACUGACACCAGCGCUGAUGCAACCGCAACCUAUCAGGAGCUGUGUCGCCAGCGGAUGGCUGUGCGGACAUCGGAGCGUGCGGAGUGCCCGGAGCCUCUGCGGCGCCUCUCGCGGCUGAACAGCUCGUCUUCUCAGUUCAGCGAUGGGGGACCCAUAGCCAGCCCCUCGGCCCGUAGCUCCACUUCCUCCUGGUGCGAAGAGCCUGUCCCCUCCAACAUGGACAUCUCCACCGGACACAUGAUACUGUCGUACAUGGAGGACCACUUGAAGAACAAGAACCGCCUGGAGAGGGAGUGGGAGGCGAUGUGUGGUUACCUGGCUGAGCCCGGUGACUGUGACGUGGGCCAGGGCGAACACAACACCAAGAGGAACCGCUCUGACGCCGUGGUUGUCUAUGAUCAUUCCAGAAUCACCUUGAAGGCUGAGAAUAACCAUGGCAACUCAGAUUACAUCAAUGCUAGCCCAAUUAUGGACCAUGACCCGAGGAACCCCAUGUACAUCGCUUCACAAGGCCCUCUACCCUCCACCGUGGCUGACUUCUGGCAGAUGGUGUGGGAGAGUGGCUGUGUGGUCAUCGUCAUGCUAACGCCCCUGUCUGAAAAUGGAGUGAAACAGUGUCAACAGUACUGGCCAGACGAGGGCUCCAAUGUCUACCAUGUUUAUGAGGUGAACCUGGUGUCAGAACACAUCUGGUGUGAGGACUUCCUGGUCAGGAGUUUCUACCUGAAGAACUUGCAGACCAACGAGACACGCACUGUCACGCAGUUCCACUUCCUUUCCUGGGUGGACCACAGCAUCCCUGACUCAGCCAGGACCCUGCUGGACUUCCGUAGAAAGGUUAACAAGUGCUACCGGGGUCGGUCUUGUCCAAUAAUUGUCCACUGCAGUGACGGGGCUGGCAGAAGCGGAACGUACAUUCUGAUUGACAUGGUCCUCAAUAGGAUGGCUAAAGGUGCUAAAGAGAUUGAUAUUGCCGCUACCCUGGAGCACUUGAGAGACCAAAGAGCCGGCAUGGUCCAGACAAAGGAGCAGUUUGAGCUUGCACUGACAGCCGUAGCGGAGGAGGUGAAUGCCAUCCUAAAAGCUCUUCCACAGUGAAACUCGACGCCGCCCCACACCGUGCCAUGUCUCGCUGUCUAAACACAUGUUUUUCUGCCCACUCAAGUCUGACAUCUCGCUUAUGUCCCAAAUGGCACCCUAUUCCCUAUGUAGUGCGCUACUUUUGAACAGGGCCCAUAAGGGUCUGGUCAAAAGUGGUACACUAUGUAGGGAAUAUUGUGGUGAAAUUUCGGACAUACCUACCUAUCUUCUCUCGUUUCUCUCUCCUCUGAUUCUCGCUCUUGGUAUACUUAUGAACGUUGUGCCAGAUACUUGACCGACAAGGUCUUCUUAAGUGUGAUGUAUUCUGUUUGCAGUUGUGUUCCAGUACCACUUACAGAUAGCUAGACAAGGUCACAUGUGUUCUCUCUAUCUCUUUGUGACCUGAAUAAUCUAUUAUACUAAGAAUCAGAUGAUUGGUUAUUGAUGUGUGAUGAAUAUGAUAUUGUAUUCAAGGCCUGAACAUCUGUGUCCUGUAUAUAGAGAAGAUGCUUCAAAGAACAAUGUCGAUGUGAUCUUUACUAUUAAAGUUCUGAACCACAUUCUAUGGCCCUGUUCAAAUACAUUCGAAAUGCAUCCUUCCUUCCUUGAGAAUCUGUAAGUGAUAUACACUACCGGUCAAACGUUUUAGAACACCUACUCAUUCAAGGGGUUUUUCUUUAUUUUUACUAUUUCCUACAUUGUAGAAUAACACAUAGGGAAUCAUGUAGUAACCAAAAAAGUGUUAAACGAAUCGAAAUAUAUUUUAUAUUUGAGAUUCUUCAAAGUAGCCAGCCUUUGCCUUGAUGACAGCUUUGCACACUUGUCAUUCUCUCAACCAACUUCACCUGGAAUGCUUUUCUAACAGUCUUGAAGGAGUUCCCACAUAUGCUGAGCACUUGUUGGCUGCUUUUCCUUCACUCCGCGGUCCGACUUUUCCCAGAUCAUCUCAAUUUGGUUGAAGUCGGGGGAUUGUGGAGGCCAGGUCAUCUGAUGCAGCGCUCCGUCACUCUCCUUCUUGGUCAAAUAGCCCUUACACAGCCUGGAGGUAUGUUCGGUCAUUAUCCUUUUGAAAAACAAAUUAUAGUCCCAUAAACCCAAACCAGAUGGGAUGGCGUAUCGCUGCAGAAUGCUGUGGUAGCCAUGCUGGUUAAGAGUGCCUUGAAUUCUAAAUAAAUCACAGACAGUGUCACCAGCAAAGCACCCCCACACGAUAACACCUCCUCAUCCAUGCUUUACAGUGGGAACUACACAUGUGGAGAUAAUCCGUUCACCACACCGCGUCUCACAAAGACACGGCAGUUGUAAUCAAAAAUCUAUAAUUUGGACUCCAGAGAGAAAUUUCCACCGGUCUAAUGUUCAUUGCACGUGUUUCUUGGGCCAAGCUAGUCUCUUCUUCUUAUUGGUGUCCUUUAGUAGUGGUUUCUUUGCAGCGAUUUGACCAUGAAGGCCUGAUUCACUCAGUCUCCUCUGAACAGUUGAUGUUGAGAUGUGUCUGUUACUCAAACUCUGUAAAGCAUUUAUUUGAGCUGCAAUUUCUGAGGCUAGUCACUCUAAUGAACGUAUCCUCUGCAGCAGAGGUAACUCUGGGCCUUCCUUUCCUGUGGUGGUCGUCAUGAGAGUCAGAAGGCACACCUGUUAAUUGAAAUGCAUUCCAGGUGACUACCUCAUGAAGCUGAUUGAGAGAAUGCCAAGUGUGUUAAGCUGUCAUCAAUGCAAAGGGUGGCUAUUUGAAGAAUCUCAAAUAUAAAAUAUAUUUUGAUUUGUUUAACACUUUUUUGGUUACUACAUGAUUCCAUAUGUGUUAUUUCAUAGUGUUGAUGUCUUCACUAUUAUUCUACAAUGUAGAAAAUAGAAAAAAUAAAGAAAAACCCUUGAAAGAGUAGGAGUUCUAAAACUAUGGGCCGGUAGUGUACAGAUACCCACCCCUCGAAGAACUUCCUAGAAAGGAAGGAACCUAGGAAGAAACCUAAAGGAACCAGGCUCCGAGGAGUGGCCAGUCCUCUUCUGGCUGUGCCACCACCCUAUUACUUUCCCCCAAUCCAACCGAUUCAUAUCUGUGAUAACUUUAAGUAGGAAGGAAGUGUUUAAACAGGGCCUGUAUGUGAGCCUCAAUUUAGUCAGAUACGCUUUAGCCAAUAUCCGCACCGCAGUUGUUUUGACUGUGUCGGAGGUGGAACUGCGUUAAGAGCUGUCAAAGCCACAGGCAGCUCCUGGAAUUAUACCUAAAGCGGACAUUGCCAUUGGCUGCGCAGAGUCGCAUGAUCAGAAAUCCCAUGCAGCCAUGCAGUUCGAACCCUGGAAUGUGAGAUGUUAUUUUGUUGAAUGAUUUUUCAAUUCGAUCAUCAUUAUUUCUAUAUAGCCUACAAUGUCUCGUUAUGAACUUUGACACGAUUGGGGCGGGUGUGGCUUCAUGACAAUGACUAAGAGCAGCUGCUCACCGAUUUCACGGCUCCAAGGCAAUUCAACCUCCCGACACAGCCAAAACAUCCACUAUGUGGGUGUCUGCAAUCGCUGGUUAGUGCUUGAUCUGAUUUAAUCUAGGUCUUAGUUGUUCUCUUGUGCAGACUGCAUUUGUUUGUUAUGUACAUUGUUUUGUAUAUUAAUUUAAUACCGCUAAUAUUUAAAUUCACUGAAAUGUAAUGAUUAUAAAUACAAUGAGUGUACAAAACAUUAAGAAGACCUUCCGAAUAUUGAGUUGUUUUGCCCAGUUACCCUCUGAAUGACAAACAUACACAAUCCAUGUCUCAAUUAUCUCAUGGCUUAAAAAUCCUUCUUUAACUAAGCUGUCUCCUCCCCUUCAUCUACACUGAUUGAAGUGUAGAGUGACAGAAAUAAGGGAUCAUAGCUUUCACCUGGUUAGUCUAUGUCAUGAAAAGAGCAGGUGUUCUUAAUGUUUUGUACGCUCAGUGUAGAGUGAGCAAUAUAGAUAUUAACAAUAUGAUGUGAUACGAUUAACCUGAAUUAUAUUGGCAUUGUUAAUAUGUUUGUUUUGUCCUCUUAAUCGACAGAAUAUUGUGACUCAUGUGUACAGGUAAAGUCCAUGUAUAGAAUAUAAAUUAUUGGAAGCUUGUUGUGCUAUUAAAAUGUUUACUGAACUUGUCAAUGAAAAUGAUAUAUUUUGUGUGGAAACAAAAUUCUAUCAGAUUGAUAAUAAACCACAGAACGGUUGACCAGACCUUUGUCUGUCAAUUGUUCCACUACUGUAGCUCUUUAGAAAACAUUAAAAGGAAGAUGAAAUUUGAUCAGUUGAAUAAAAGCCGGCUUCUUUUACCAGAGGGUGAGUGCAUUGACUGAAAUGCCAUUGGCUGAAAUAAAGAUAGAUACCCGCAUGCUGA